AGGAAGAGCGACAUAUUUUUGCUGGAGACCGACGGCGGACAUUAUUUGGCCCUGAAGUUCCCAGGAACCGAAGAGACCGUCCCUCCGUCUAAUUUCAGCUGGGAAUCUCACUUCCCGGAGGGGAGGGGAGGGGGGGAAGAGUUGGCUCCCUUAAUAAAAAUGGCUCUCCCCGCCUUCCCUUUCCUGCCAGUCCGCGAACAUCACUUCCUGAGCGAGGCGAGGGCAGGGCGCGAACGGGAGAAGCUGGGAAUGGCGACGGUAAGCUGCCGAACUCUGGAAUGGCUCUACUCGCUACUGCUUCUUGCUACUGUAUUGAUUUCGUGGGGCUACGUUAUUUACGCAACCCGAAUAGCAGCCAAGUGGCAAUUGAAGGAGAUGUAUCCCACACAAGCCCAGAAUAUUUGAGAUAUCUCCAGAGUGGAAUACCACAGAAAUACAAGCACAUUCUAUAACACCAUAAAUAAUAAUCUGCAAAAACAUGAACUAGAGUGGCUGAGUUGCAGCAGCAACAUUGAAGCUUCAGAAAUACAGAUUUAAUGUUCUGAUACUUAACACUGAUAACAUAUAAUUGGGAAAAUAUCCUUGAAUAUUUUUUUAAAGAUAAAUUUACGGCUCAGACUGGAGCACAGUAUUCCAGGCAGCCUACAAACCCAGAUUACAGAAUGCAGCAGUCUUCUGAAGUGAUAUUCCAGAUCUGAUAUGGAAAGUCAGCCUUAGGAAAGAUAUAGAUUAAGAAACUGAUCAAGAAACCUGUUUGGCAGCAGAUCAAGAAGUCAAUCUAGCAACAGAUCAGGAACUUCCAGGUGUCCUGAUAGAGGAUGUUCUGGAAAGAUAUAUGGGAAAAGGAAAUGUAAAAUGCAAUUACUAGGAGAAGACCCACAGAGGUAACGAAGAAACCUCUUCUACAAAAGAAAUCAAUGCUUUAAAGAUAUCCUUACCAAAGCAUUAGGCCAUUUGUGGAAAAGCCACUAGGAAUGCAGACAGACAAGCUCAAGUGGAGACUCAAGAAUAGAAGAAAAAAAAAACAAUCAAGAAGCCAAAGUGUUGAAAGUAUGAAGGAAAGUCAGUGAUACAAGGAUGACAAUUAAAAACCAAAAUUCAUGAACAUCAACUGGCAAUCAACUGACAUAACCAGAAGUCUCUGAUCUCGAGCCACAUCGACAAUGAACAAAGUCCCAUUUCAACUGGGACGAAGCCAGAAUCAUUAGCCAUGCUAAAAAUUCACCAUUCAUCGAACUCUAGUACUCUACAAAUGGAUCCAUCAACAAACCCAUUGAUUUAGAACCAGCAUAUGAUCCUAUAAGAAACAAGACCGUUCACAAUCGACAAUGAAACCGACCACCCCCUCACCAGCUGAAUUUCGCGCCAAGCCAAUCACAUGAUGUACUGACCACAACACCACACAAAAGAGAAGUGGAACAAGACGCAUAACCCAAAGUCCUGCUGAAGAUGUUACCUAGUUUGGUAAUGAAAUGUUUGGGAGCUAAAUGCCUACUCCCCAAGAUAUUCCC